UGUAGUCGAACGAAUGACUGCACAACCUAUCGCAGUCAAAUUCAUCACGAUCACGAUUUGCGAAGCUCUUGCUUCCCGAAAACAUUUCGCCCUUCGUUUGUUUAAUUAAGUAGGAAUCACGUUUCACUAAAUUUCCGGCCAACUCUCAUUCAUACAUUUUCAUACGAACUUUGAAUAUCCGAUAGUGGAUUGGAAGCUACAGGUACCUGCUUCGUUUGAGAAUUCGAUGCGAAUGACUCAUUAUUAGUGUUUUAAUAUUUUUUCCCCUCUGUUUUGCCUGAGGGUAAGAGCUGCAGAGAUAGGCAGGUGUAUGUUUUCCUCUAUGCGUUCUAACGUUUACGCAAAGCUACAACAUGCUUCGAAACUUUUUAAUGAACUAAAGUCGAUAUCGUCAAGUCUUAAGUGGAAUCUUAAGUUUGAAUCGUAGGAUGGUACCUGACUUCUGGGAUGCCCGUGGCCAUAGAGACGGUCAUCAUUGUCAUUGUGGUGAUCAGCUUCGCUGUGCUAUCGGCGGUAAUCUUUGCCCUCUAUUGGCUAUGGCGCCUACUUUUAGAAGAUCGUCGCUGUUCACGUUUGGGAGAAGCAACAUCCCCUCACGAAUGGACAUGCAGACCAGCGUCUUCUCCAGAAGAUGGACCACAAAGAGCCCUUCUAGGAUCUCGAGGCCGAAAUCCACGUAUAACUCGUCGAACUGAGGUUGUGGUUGAUGAGAGAAGCCGCAGAAUGGGUGUAAAGUCAGCCGCAUAUCCCUCGACUCGACCAGCUCCUCCAUCACGUGUAGCUGUAGAUGUCCAUGCACCAGAAGUAGUCGUCUUGGAUGACACCGAGCCACCUCCUCCGUAUGAAGCAAUCGGCUGUUGAAAGACAUAGUUACUAUAUGUACGAACUGCCUUACUCUGCAUUUUUCAACUCUUAGAAAAAAGUAUGAAAGUCUGAUUUUAUAAACUACUUGUUUCUAGGUCAACAAACAUUCUGAGAAUCACACUGGACUUGUUAUACUUGUUACACUUGGACGCAACAUUAUUUCAGUUCCUUUAUGUGUGUGACUUCGGCGUCCAAAAAGUUUGCAAAUACAGUAAUGUAUGAGGAUGUAGACUGAAAAUAAAGAGCCAAAAUCAUACGAUUCAUUGCUGUGCCUUUAAAUGCACUGUACAAUAUUUAUUUGUGCAUUUACGUACAGAUCAUUGCUGAUAAAUUUUUAACAUUUGAGGCAAAUCUAUAAAUCAUGCCUCGGAAAUAUUUUUGUUACCUUCUUAUUAAUAUUUAAUUAAUUAAAAUUCAAUAUGUGCCUUCUCUCGUUUUUUUAUUCGAGACAAUUGCUUCACCCUCAGCAUGACUUAGAUUCCAUGUUUUGUGUUUGUACAAAUAGUCAGUUGGAAGCCAACAGUAUAAGCGCUUUUAUUUUAUGUCUUGGACCAGAAAUCUAUAUUCCAAUGGAAACUUACUUCAUGUAAAGAGUGUAAAUUAUAUUACAUUAACUCAUAGAGAAAAACACUUUUAUAAUUGUAACUUUAAAGAAAGAAAAGAAAAAGAAAUAGUGAACUCGAAUUGUGGCAACUUGAAAGAGUAGUUGUGAAUAAUAAAAAAAAAAAAAAAAAAAAAACACCUGAAUUAUUUUUAAUGUACUGCGUUUUUUGUAUGAUGCAUAAUAAAGAUUCUAAAAAUUG